AUGAGAAAAUUUGAGAGUCAUGGCCGGCAUGGCACAGAGGAAAAUUACCUCUUUUUUCUCCUCGCCGCGAGCGGCCCCGGCGUCGAAUGCAGUCAGUGCUGUCGAUCCUCAAAGACGUUCAGGAUCAUCUCAGUCUGAAGGCGUGGUUUCAACAACUGAGAGUCAGCCUCCAGAUCGUACGGCCGGUACGAAAGAGGGAUGCGCCGACGGAAGGGGGGAGGGGGGCUUGAUUCAGCCCGAUUGCCGACCAGGGCCUUCAGACGCGGGAAACGCCAAUGACAGUCCUGCUGCUUCUAGUCAUGAAGGGGACUCUGACAUGUCUGAUGAGUCUGAAUCAGAAACCCUCACGGACAAGCGGCCUUCGAAGAAGUCUUCGGACACAGUGCCACCUUCUCGGAAAUACGAGGCUAAGAGGAAAGUGCCACCUUCUCGGAAAUACGAGGCUAAGAGGAAACGAUGCUUCUUGGAAAAGUGGAGGACAGAUUAUGACUUUGUUGACUAUGAUUAUCAAGCAGAGAUGAUGUAUUGCAAGAAAUGUAGGGCCAUGCCCACAUUGGCAAAGGGCAAUGCCCUAUUCCACGGUGUAACUGGUGAUAAGGUUCGAAGAAGAACACUCAAAAUCCAUGCCAAAUCCUUGACACAUGUCAGGAUUUUGAGUCUACUGUUACAGCCAGAAGGGAAUCUCGUGACCUGAAGGUAGACUGGAGAGCCUCUCUC